AUUGACUCUGUUUUACCCAAAUCAUCCGAUAAAUCUCGCUUAUCAUCCUUAUCAUACAACGAUCUCAAGAAAUUAAAAUAUUGUGAAGCCAUAAUCAAGGAGGCUAGUCGUUUAAGGCCAGCGGUACCUUUUACCUUCCGUCACACCACUACUGAGUGUGAAAUUGCAGGAUAUAAAUGGUCAGCUGGUACAGAUUUUCACUUGAAUUUCAAAGGAGCACACAUUCACCCCGGGUUUUGGGAUAAUCCUCAAGUUUUUGAUCCGGAAAAGUUUUAUGACACCGAUACCAAUAAUGAUAGAACUGCUUGGAUGCCGUUUGGUGGGGGUAGACGUAUAUGCCCUGGAAAAAAUUUGGCAACGACCGAAUUACUUUUGCUAAUGUUUUCGGUAUAUAAAAACUAUGAUGUUGAGUUAGCGAAUGAGCAUGAGCCAUUGAAAGUUCAUACUCAACUGAUUUCUACCUGUACGGAGUUGAAA